CACAUCUUUUCUAUAAAUAUACACCACACUACCCGAAGAAGGGUACCUCAUUAUCUCUUGACUUCUAUCCACUCAAACACCUGAAAAACACAAAAAAGUCAGAAAAAAGAGGACCAUCCAGUACUUACAAUGGUGUUGUCAGUCUAAUCUUACUCAACUGCAGGGAACCAGAAAAGCUUUAGAAAAGCUGCCCAUUAGCAAUUGAGUAUACGUGUACAUUUUCUCUUUUCCUGCAGAUUGAGUAUCAGCCUACAUCUUUAUCUCUGUCUAGCUGCGGUGUCAGAAAUGGGUGUUCUCAAAACCAGAUUGUGAGACUCAAAGUUCUUUAGUUCAUGGUGAAUAAAAAGAAGGAAGAUCUAGAUCCAUUUCAUUGUAGAUAGGAAACACAGGGAAACGAUGCAUCAGGAUCAGCGCAGAAAAACUGCCGUUGAAGCGGAUUUUUUCACAGAAUAUGGGGAAGCUAAUCGUUAUAAAAUACAGGAAGUCAUAGGAAAAGGAAGCUAUGGUGUUGUCUGCUCUGCAAUCGAUACUCAUACUGGGGAGAAAGUGGCAAUAAAGAAAAUAAAUGACAUUUUUGAGCAUGUGUCUGAUGCAACUCGAAUCCUUCGCGAGAUAAAACUUCUCAGGCUUUUACGACAUCCUGAUAUUGUGGAAAUCAAGCACAUUAUGUUACCACCCUCUAGAAGGGAAUUCAAAGAUAUUUAUGUAGUAUUUGAACUUAUGGAGUCCGACUUACACCAAGUUAUAAAGGCCAAUGAUGACUUGACACUAGAACAUUAUCAAUUUUUCUUAUACCAGCUUCUUCGAGCUUUGAAAUACAUUCACACAGCAAAUGUCUUUCAUCGGGAUCUAAAGCCAAAGAAUGUCCUUGCAAAUUCAGACUGCAAACUUAAAAUUUGUGACUUUGGCUUAGCAAGAGCAGCCUUCAAUGAUACACCCACAGCAAUCUUCUGGACGGAUUAUGUUGCUACAAGAUGGUAUAGGGCUCCUGAAUUGUGUGGAUCCUUCUUCUCCAAGUAUACUCCUGCCAUUGAUAUUUGGAGCAUUGGAUGUAUAUUUGCUGAAAUUUUAACUGGGAAACCACUCUUCCCUGGAAAAAAUGUGGUUCAUCAACUUGAUUUGAUAACUGAUUUGCUUGGCACACCUUCUCUGGAAGCCGUUGCAAGGGUUCGUAAUGAAAAAGCUAGAAGAUAUCUCAGCAGCAUGCGGAAGAAGAAACCUAUACCAUUUGCACAUAAAUUCCCUAAUGCAGAUCCUUUAGCACUUAAAUUAUUAGAGCGGUUAUUAGCUUUUGAACCAAAAGAUCGUCCAACUGCAGAAGAGGCUUUGGCUGAUCCAUAUUUCAGGGGAUUGGCAAAUGUGGAGCGAGAGCCAUUGGCUCAGGCAAUUACCAAGAUGGAGUUUGAGUUUGAGAGGAGAAGGGUAACAAAAGAGGAUAUGAGGGAACUUAUUUACCGGGAAAUUCUUGAGUAUCACCCACAAAUGCUGAAAGAAUUUCUGCAGGGAGGAGAUAGCACAAACUUCAUGUAUCCAAGCGCCGUUGAUCAAUUCAAGAAGCAGUUUGCGUACCUUGAAGAACACUAUGGAAAAGGUGGUGUUGUGAUUCCAUUAGAAAGGCAACAUGCAUCUUUACCAAGGCCAUGUAUCCUUUACUCAAAAAAUGCAGCACCCUUGCCUGAUCAAACAUAUUCAUGCUCUUCGAUGGAUCAUGCUCUAGAAGCUCAUGACAAAGCUUCUAGAUUUGUCACAGAAACAAAGCAGCAUUACCAAGAUAGGAGUAAUGGAGAUAUGAUGGAGUUUCCCUUGCAAGUACCACAAAAGUACCUUGAAGCCUCACAGGUUAAGCUGCUUGCAGGUGGAUCUGCAAAACCAGGAAAGGUUGUUGGCUCAGUAAUUCCAAAUGGAAAUUGUGGCACUGCAGAUGCUUAUUAUACAAGAAGGUUCAGCAAUACAUCUUCUCAGUAUGUUUCUUCAAUCUACUCCCACGAGCAAAGGGAAUCUACAGAAAAAAUUCAGCAGGAUGAGAAAAAGGAAGAUGGGGCAGGUCAAUCAAAUUUCAUGCAACUGAAGGCUCAAAAUGCUGGAAUUGGGGCAAGGAAAAGUUCUACUUCAUGUAACGGAAUUAAUCGUCGGUCCUAAAGGCAGGAAGAUUCUUUAUAGUUGUAUCUUAGAUUCUCUUGAUCUUAGAUUUUAUAAUUUUUUUAUUAUCCUGUGACUUCUAACACUGUAAGGCAGAUUUUUGGCAUAUUUGUAUUGCAGUCAAGAAAAAUUAUCAAUCAUCCUUUGAGA